AUGGCGAUUCACGAUAAGCCAAUUAAGAAAACAAAGAAACCCAACGGACCCAACACCGAAAAAUCACCCUUGCUCCCAACAAAGUGCGAUGAUCAUGAUAGCGGUUUCAGUGGAGCUUCGUUUAGCGGCGCAGUCUUUAAUCUAUCUACCACCAUUAUUGGUGCCGGAAUCAUGGCGUUGCCGGCCGCCAUGAAGGUGCUGGGACUCGGCCUUGGCCUCGGUCUGAUAGUUUUCGUGGCUGUACUGGCGGAGGCAUCUUUAGAGAUUUUGUUGAGAUUCGGUAAGGCGGCAAAGGCUGAGUCUUACGGAGACGUGAUGGGCGACGCUUUUGGGGUUGUUGGGAAAAGGAUACUUCAGGGGUGUGUUCUGGUUAACAAUGUUGGGGUGCUUGUUGUUUACAUGAUUAUUAUUGGUGAUGUACUAUCUGGAACAUCUUCUAGCGGAGUUCACCAUACAGGUGUAUUGGAAGGUUGGUUUGCAGAACACUGGUGGAAUGAGCGCAUCGUUGUUCUUCUUGUUAUCACCUUUGCUGUUUUUGCUCCAUUGGCAGGCUUUAAGCGCAUAGAUUCAUUGAGGUUCACUUCUGCCUUAGCUGUCGCACUGGCAGUUGUGUUCUUAGUCAUUACCGGAGGGAUUGCUCUUGUCAA